UCUUCGCUGUCGCAUAUACCUUCCUCCAUUAGAGGCGCCGAUUCGUUCCUUUCAGCACGCCCGCGCGGGGCCAAUUCAUGACGAGACAAAUCGGGUGGUUUCUUUCUCCCCCACCCCCCGCGACGCGAAAGCGAAAGGGAAGCUGCUACCAAGGCUGGCUGCCUGGCUGUGGCGCGGGUCGAGACGAGCGAGACGCCGUGCGCAGAGCUGUUCCGCCUAAUAAUAGCGCGGUUGCGUUGCGCUUCUCGCCCUCGCGCAUCCGCCUCCUUCCUCCCCCAAUCCCCACCAAAACCCGCUGAUCGCGGCCAGGAGGGCUUCCGUCGCCGGCGGCGGGCUGGGCGGCCGGGGUCGCUGAUAGGUCGAUUGGUUGGCCGAUCGAUCGAUCGCGGCGAGGGCCGGCUCCGGUGGCGGCCGCGCCGACGGUUCUUGGCGGUUGCAUGUAUGCGGGCGGGGAGAGCCGGCCCAAUGGUGCGGGCGGGGGUGAAGGGGGGGACGCGCUCCGGCGGCGGAGGCAGCCCGGCAUGUCCUCCUCCUCGGCGGCGGCGGGCGCGUCGUCGUCCUCCUCGUCCGGCAGGGGGGAGGAGGGAGGGGAGGAGCACCGGGGAGCCGGUAUGCAGGGCGGGCGCAAGAAGCAGGGGAGGCGCGAGGCGGUCGCCAGGGCGAUCCGCGGCGGGCUGCCGGCCGCCGCCGUGUCGUGCUGGGGCGGCGGCGGCCGCGGGGGCGUCUCGGUGGUCCAGGAGACCGGCGGGAGCAGCGCGGGGAGGAGGUCGAGCCGGCGGGAGCGGGAGCGGGCGCCGGCCGAUGGCGACGCCGACGAUGGUUCUGGCCCGGGCACGGCCCCGGCAGCGCCGCCGCCGGCGUGGUGCUGCGUGUGCCCGGGCGGGGACUGCUCGCUGGAGCCCAACCCCAGCGCCAACGGCAAGGAGGACCCCGGCCUCCGCUCCCUCCUGGAGCGCAACGACUUCUUCUCCGCGGACUGCAACCCGCACGCCGACGGCACCCCCGACGCCGCCGCCGCCGACGCUCCCUCGCCGUAGCCGGCCCGGCGCCCGCACCGGUUAGCCGCAGUUCAUCCACCACCGCCACCGCGCAUUGCGGCGGCGCACACAAUUUUUACCGACAAAAAAGAGGAAAAUUUUCACUCCCCAGCGGUGUUCGGUUCGAUCGGGCGGGCCAUUGAUUGAGUCUUGAAAUUCCUUUCUGGGCUUCUUUUUCCCUUGCCAUGAUCCAUCUGUGCAUGUACUUGCCGCCGUGAUUUUGAGCAACUGAAAGAAGUGGAGCCGAGUGAUGGAUGGGCAGGCAAGGCAGCCCGCCAUGUGCAUGCGCGCCCCCUGUCCCGUUGCCAUUCUCUACCUGUCUGUCUGUCUCGCUGCAUUCGAUUCGACCUCAGAAUUGCUUGUGGCCUUUUGCCAUGGCCACUGGACAGGCCAGCACAGCGCUGGAAGCUAGUAGGCUGGAGGACCAUGCCAAUUCUCAGGUGUGGUGCCAAGUGCCAGUUGUGGAGGGCGGGCUCAUCAGCACAGGGACGACGCCGCAUCCUGAACCGCCUGUAAUUUUGCUGGAACUCCAGAGGAUCAAAGGCGCCAAAUCAUCUGCCUGCUCUGAAUCAUCAUCUUCUGUGUCAGCCCGACGGUGCAAGCUGCAAGCAAAACAUCAGAAGAGCGAAGGGCGGAGGACCAUCGCCGCCGGCGGCUGAUCGCAUUUGGCACGGCGGCGGCUUUGCUGCUCCACGUCCAUGUCCCGUCGACGAGGACAGCACGCGAGAACGAAAGGCCAUGUUUUUUCUUUCCCCGUCACAAGAAGAACGAUAGAAUGUCUUUCGAAAAAAGAAAAGAAGAACGAUAGAAGGUGAGGGAAAGACGCGUCGCGAUCGACCAGCGAUUGCGAGCACCGCCGGGCCGUUUGGCGCGGCCGCUUGGACGGGUUUGGAUGGCGCCCACGCGCACCCACAUCCACGUCAGCGUGCUACUGUACCAAGUAAAACAUCCACGUCAGCAGGCGGCCGUUCCAUCGGAGGUGUGCUUUGAUUCUCGUGGAAGAGGCUGGAGCUAAAAUCUUGGGCAUGAUCUGGUCAGGUUCUGAUUGUCAAAAAGGGGUUUGAAUGAUGAUUGUGAUGGAGUAGUUCUGUGCCUUAGCUAAUAAGCAUCCUUGGGUUCGGCUGGCUGCAACUAAUAGCUGUUGUUGAUUUGUUUUAAGAGAAAAAUACUAUUAGUUGACUGCUAGUAGGUAGUUGAUGUUGA